AUGUUAACAGAAACCGAGGCAUUCCUGUUCGUAAGGAAAAACAGUCUUCAAGUUGCCAAUGACAUUCCAGAGAAUCCAGUCGCCCAAGCUACUGCUCAAUUCGAGACUCGACAACAAGCAGCAGAAGACGAGAAACUCCGUGAGCGCCUCGAGUGGCAGAGAUGGCUGCAUUCAGACGCAUUUGAUCACACUGAUGAUCUUUCUGACUUUGACACGGAAUGCAAGAACUUGAUAGAAGUAUGGAAAGAUUUUCAAUCCCGGUAUCCAGAUCUCGGAACAAGCACUUUGCUUGACAAUGAAAUCCCAAACAUUAGUACAGUCAAGCAGGCGGUCAACGGGGUUGUGGGAGAGUGGGAGGCUAAGAAGGACAAAGGCAUGGGCAAAGCCAAGGACUAUUUGACCAGGUACUGUGACACGCUGCUUGCACACUCGCAAUUGUUUGCAGUAAUCCCAAAAGGUGAUAAGUACAUAUCCCUUUUCACUGGCGUGAUGGCCUCCAUCGUCAAGGCUGUUGGGAGACACAAAGAGAUUGCCGACGGGUUCUGUAAAGCUCUGGCAGAAAUUUCCGACAGUAUGAGAUUCAGCCGUCGCCAGAGUCUGCUGUAUCCGAGCGAGAGAAUGAAGAUGCUGGUGAUAUUACUCUACAUCAAAUACAUCCGGUUUCUAUGUCACACCAUGGAUUGGUUCUCCUCAAAAUCGAAAAGACUCAAGUCUUCGUUGGAUCAAGACUAUUUUCGAAGGAAUGUACAGGAGAAAACUAAGGACAUAAGAGAUGUUGUGACCAAGAUUCAGCAAGAAGCCACACUGGAGUUCCAAGGUGUAGUUGAGGCUACUCACAGUCGUGUCGUAGAUUUGCCCACAUUCACACAAGUAGGGGCGCUUGCAAGCAGGGUGGUGGAUCACAUCUCGAAUAUAAUCAUGGUAUCGGACCAAAACAGAGCGCUUUCUGAACAGCAAUUACACUCACAACUUGAAGUGAUGAGCUUAAAGCUCGGCGAGGUAGCACAAAGCGCCGCGAUAGCAGCUGUGGAAAGGGUGCUCCAUGCGCAGGAAUCGGCGGGUGAAAAUAAGUUUCGUGGGCUCUUGGAGAACGAUCCAAUUCUCGCGGAGAAGUCCUUACUGUCAAUUGAGCCUGGAAACAACAUGUCUCCUAGCGCCCCUUUGGCGUUCCGACGAGGUGAGCUGGAAAUAGUAUCACGGCACCUUCAAACAUAUUUUAAUCAGGAACUCGACUUCAUGAGGGAUCUAGCUCAUCCACCUAACGCUCGGAAUAUGCCGGUUCAAAUUGUGUCUCGGUUACAACAAUGGCUGACAGCGGCCGAGUCGGAGCUGUUAUGGAUGAUGGGCAGAGCACAUGCGCCUCAGAAUUCCGACCAGUCCAUCGCGGCAGCUCAUGUUGUCGUCCUUGCAGAAGCGACAAGCAUUCCAUGCAUCUUUUUCUCGUGCAGAUUACCUGAAAUCAAAGACUCGACUACUGGGAGCAAGUUUCAACAGGGUUUAUUGAUCUCGCUUAUGUACUCUCUGAUACGCCAACUUUGCCUGCUCGUUCCACCUGACUUCAGCGAAGACUUCAACUACGCCACAUCGAUUGGGCAUUUAGACGGAACGAUCGAGACAAUAUCUACGUCACUUGAGCUGAUUCGACGCCUACUGCCGUUAUGUCCAAAGUUGUUGAUCUGCGUCAUAGAUGGUCUCCAGCUGCUCGAUUUCCCCGACGUCAACACUCAUGUAGAGAGUUUGUUAGACAUGCUACAGCACCUUCCCAAGGACCAUAUAAUCAAGUCGUUGAUAACUACGAGUGGGUUCUUCACCAGCGGGUCGAAGCUGAAUGCGAGUUCCCGCCUAGACUGUUCAAGGUUUCCUCAAAGGAGAACAGGUCAAGGGCUGCCGGGAUCCAGUUCACUUCAUGGGCUCAGGUUUUCUUGA